GUGGGUUCACUGCGGACAACAACAAUAACGAAGAAAUCCGAAGCCGCAAUCAACAUCUUACCCGAGCAUGACCUGCCGCGGUAUGUACAUGAGGAGAUCAAGCAGAAGUCUACAAAGAGGAAGGCUGAAAUGGAGGAGGAAGCUACGGGUGAAAAAGCUUUGAGGAAGAAAAGAGUGGAAAAAGGGGAUGACGCUUAUAAAAAGUUGGUGAUGCUAAAUGAAGCCUAUGAGCAAGAACUUGUUGCUCGUGGCGUUGAUACGAUGGCCAUUAAGGCCGAAAUUGAGAAAAGAUUUGAGGAAGAGAAACAAAUCAUGCCCAAAAAAGAAGAGCCUCAAAUAGAGAGACAAGAUGAGGCGGAGAAAGAAGAAGGGAAGGAAGAGAAAGCAGAGGGAGAAGGUGAUCAAGGCCAAGAAGUGGGCAUUGAACUUGAGCAGUCUGAAGCGCGGAAAGUUGUUGAGGAAGUUCCUAAGAAGAAGAGGGGAAGGAAGAGGAGGGAGGAAGGUGAGUCUACUUUGGGAGAAUUUGUUCAGGGGCUCCGUGCAAGGAGCCGAAGAACAACGAAGAAGCCCAAGUCCCUAGAAUCUCCAUAUUGCACAGAAAUGCCUAAGAAAAAGAUGAAAGGGAAAAAAGUGUCAUUUUGGUGAAAGAUGAUGAUGACAAGGGGGAGACAAUAGAGGAGAAGAAGCCACGUGAAAUGGCACACCCACCUAUGAGAACAUCUGUGCCUCAGCUAUGGAGAAGGGAAAAAACUGAAGAUGAAAAAAAUUUAUUGUCAAUGUUGAAUAUGGGCAUUCCUUCUGCCCAAGACUUUGACAUCAGGCUACCGGGAACAGUUGACGAAGGAUUUUAUCAUAACUUCACUGUUCGUGAUGUACCUGAUGCGUCGGAAGAUGAAAACAAGUGGCUUCAACAUUUUCUAACGUUACAAGUUGACAAGAGGAUUGUUUUAGAGGUUGAGCACCAAACUAUGAACAGAUACGAUAUUCUUCAUCUUCUACGCGGUGGAAGAUUGAAGGAUGAGACGGUUGAAGCCCUUGUUGCAAGACUUCGGAACUGGCUCAAGCUCCCCGAAAAUGCCGCUCGGGAUCGCAAAUUUGCUAUUGUCACAUCCUAUUUUAGUAUUUGGUUGCUAACUGCUUCAAAGUUGGAUGAGCGAAAGAUCCAUAAAAACUAUAUAAAGAAGCAUAUCGACGAAGGGAAGGAUGUGUUGAUAAUCCCGAUAUGUCAUGCUGAUCAUUGGCAUGUCCUUGAGGUCAAUCUGGGGCAAAAAAAUGCAGGCAUUACAGCUUCGCUGGCCACGAGGCAUGGGCUAGGGACGUGUUGGCCAUCCAACUAUUUUUAGAUAGGAUGGUGAGUGGAUUUGACCAGAGUUCGACAUUUAGAGCAUUUGAUUAUGAAGCGGUUCCCUGUCCUACGCAAAAAGGAUCGUAAGUUUCUUACACUUAAACAGUUAUUAAUGCAUGUGAUACUUGAAUGGGUGAUAUUUUCACAUCCAUAUGUGACAUUUUGGGGCUAUUAUGUGACUUUUGGUUAUUCUGUGUGA